CAUUAUGUCAUAUUCUAUUGUCUCAGAAAAAAUCUUAGUAACAGUCAUUCAUAUCAUUCAAUCCUCAAAAAACAUUUUAAAAUUCAAUUUAUCGUAAUUCGGUCAGGUAGAAUGUAUCAUUUUCGGUGAGUUCCUAUGACGAAGAACUAUUUUUUAUGAGAAAUCAAUCGAGUACAAAAAUCUGACAAGAUGACGAAAAUGCUGAACAUUGGAAACCUAGGGAAGAUAGGCCCUGGACCUGGGAAAUACCUCCUCCCUACUAAUGUUGGAUACGAAGACCAUGAUUGUACGAAAAACAGGGCGCCGUUUUAUUCCAUUGCACCCGCAUUGCAUGAUCCUGUGAAAUCAAGAAGCCCUGGACCGAAGUAUCAACUAGAAUAUAUGACAAGAGUAGGAAAGGCAAGCCCACCUGCUUAUUCUAUGGUCUCAAGACCUAAGCCUUUCAGUUUGAAAAAAUCCCCUGGUCCUGCGGAAUAUUUACCACAAAGGCCAAAGGUGAUGCCUUGCUACUCGAUGUCGGAUCGUCAUAAGCCUUUUAAGAUACCGAAUUAUCCUGGACCUGAUAAAUACUUGCUUCCUAGCACCCUUGGACCGAAGGUUCCCGACAAACACUCUAAUGCAGCCUAUUCCAUGUCUUACAAGCAUUAUCUCACACCCAAAGCAACUUCCCCUGGACCAGCCACUUAUACACCUACGAGUCCAAACAAGUACAAGCAAAAGUAUCCUAACUACAGCAUAAGGCCAUAUUUGGAAAUUCCAGUUUCGAAGACGAUAACUCCUGGUCCAAAAUAUUAUCCUAAACUAUGGGAGAAACCAGGAUACUCAUUCGGUCUACGUUUGGAAAAUAUGCCAUACAUCACUGCUGCAGAUGAUGUACCCUGCGCUUGAAAAUGAGAAAAAAAUUGAAAAAUUAACUAGUGAAUAAGUAUAAAUAUCGAAGGAAAUAUAAUUUUAUAUGGA